CUAUCUUUACUUACUUCCCCUCUCUCUUUCUCUCCCUGUAAUGAAUUACUGUUUGUGCUGUCUUUCUCAACCUGUGGUACUUGUCUGGGAGAGAAAGCAGAAGCAAAAUCUUAAACGCAAUGAAAAGGGUGCGACACAGAUGGUGUUGUUGAAUAGAAGAGGAGAGUGAAGCUAGCACACGUCGUUCUCAGUCUCUUUUUUAUAGUCCAGUACUGCACCUCCAAUAGUAGUAGUAGGGUUAAGGGUUAGUAUUUGGUGCAAAAUAUGCAAUCUCAAACUUCAUCAGAUACGUUUUUUCUCUCUCACAAUGGUAAUGACCAAAUUUCCUAUUAUGACCCAGCAUUUUUCUACACAAGACCCUUUACUAUUGACUCUCAAAGCAAACCUACAUCAAAACAAGAAAACAACUACCAUGACCUCCCUUCUCCCCCUCCUUUGUCCUUUUUCCACUUUCCCUCACCCCCAUUUGAAGAAACUCAAUUUUUCCUCCAACAGCACCACGAUUUUCUUCUUCAGUCUCACCACCAAGCUCAACCUCAAGCCACUGAGCCAGAACCUUUUAUGGAGGCUUCUGUUAGAAGCAGUGAUCAGAUCCCAAGAAAAAGAACUGGCAAGAGAGAUAGGCACAGCAAGAUCAACACUGCAAGAGGAUUGAGGGAUCGGAGAAUGAGACUUUCACUUGAAGUUGCAAAGAGGUUUUUCGGCUUGCAAGAUAUGCUAGGCUUCGACAAAGCUAGCAAGACCGUGGAGUGGCUACUGAACCAAGCAAAAGAUGAAAUCAACCGUGUGGCAAGAGAGAAGAAAAAGGACAAGAAGAAGAAUCAUGAUGAUGAUCACAAUUGUGGUGCCAAGAGUGGUGCUUCUUCAUCAAGUUCGGAAUGUGAAGAGGGUGUGUCUAGUGUUGAUGAGGUUGUGGUUAGUGGAGGUCGAGAACAACAAGAGGAGAGGGUGGACAAGGUUGUGAAAAGAAAGGUCAAGCAUUGUAGGGCAUUCCACCCUCUUGCAAAGGAGUGUAGGGAAAGGGCAAGGGAAAGGGCGAGAGAGAGAACAAGAGAAAAGAUGAGAACUCGUGGAGUGCUACUUUCUGAUGAAUCAACGAAAUGUGGAGAAGAAACAAAUCAAGAUCUGACUCAAUUGGGUUCUUGGAACCCCUUUGAAAGUGGUACCAAGACCCAUAGUGUGCACUCUUCCUUGGACGUAAUCAUCACUGAAGCUAAAGAACAUCCAAAGGAGCAUUUGGAGACUCAUGUACAGGCCAUGGCACAUGAUGAUGAUGAUGAUGAUUCUUUGGUUAUUUUGAACAAAUGGAGCCCCUCCUUGAUUUUCAAUGGCUCUGGAUUCUCUCAUGAACACCAAUUUGCAGAAUUUCUGUCCUUGGGAAAACCGUGGGAGGCAUAAAACAAUCACAUCCCAUAGUAUAUCUUUGAUGUGCCGACAGAUAUGCGCAAGCCUGCUAUGUAUUUCUUAACUUUCCUUGUUCAGAUCAAUUUAACGUUGUAAGGUACCUUCCGCAUCUACGUAUCUGGGAAAUAUAUAACGGUUGUAUUUCAUCUCUAUAUAUAAUAACACGU